AUGGUUUGUCCCGGCACUGAGAACAAGCUGAGCACUCUGUCGGACCUGGACCUGCAGUACCGCACCCUGAAGAAGCUCUACGAGAACUGUGAGGUGGUCAUGGGCAACUUGGAGAUCACCAGCAUCGAUCGGAACCGCAACCUCUCCUUCCUCAAGCUCUCGACCACACUAGCCAAUGUUUCUUUGUCCACACUAACUCUUCGCGGGCACGCCGCCUACCAUCUUGAAUUAGACGUAGAAGAAGAAGAAGAGCCACAGAAGAGGACGCCAAAGAACGAACGAGAAGCUACAAGAAAGGUGCUGAACGGGGGAGUUUAUGUUGACCAGAACAAAUUCCUGUGCCACGCGGACACCAUCCAUUGGCGUGACAUUAUCAAGAACCCUCAGGCGGAGCUGCUGGUGGUGCCAUCCAACAACAGCAACCUUGGCUGCAGACGCUGUCAUCGCUCAUGUAACGGACGCUGCUGGGGCCAUCAGGAGGACCAGUGUCAAACAUUGACAAAGACGGUGUGUGCAGAGCAGUGUGACGGUCGAUGCUUCGGGCCUUACGUCAGCGACUGCUGCCACCGAGAGUGCGCCGGCGGCUGUGCCGGCCCCAAGGACACGGAUUGCUUCGCUUGCACCAAUUUCAACGACAGCGGAGCAUGUGUGACCCAAUGCCCCCAGCCGUUCGUCUACAACCCCACGUCCUUCCAGUUGGAGCACAACCCCAGAGCCAAGUACACCUAUGGAGCCUUCUGUGUCAAGAAAUGCCCACAUAAUUUUGUGGUGGACCACAGCUCCUGCGUCAGAGCGUGCCCCAGCAACAAGAUGGAAGUGGAGGAGAACCGCAUCAAAAUGUGCAUGCCCUGCACCGACAUCUGUCCGAAAGUGUGCGACGGCAUAGGGACGGGCAGCCUGCAGGCGGCGCAAACAGUAGAUGCCAGCAAUAUUGAUAACUUUGUCAACUGCACCAAAAUCAACGGGAACCUAAUCUUCCUCAUUACAGGGAUCAAAGGUGACAUGUAUCAUGGUAUCGGACCUAUGGACCCUGAACACCUCAACGCAUUCCGCACUGUGAAGGAGAUCACAGGAUACCUCAACAUCCAGUCUUGGCCUGAGAACAUGACAGAUCUGAGUGUGUUUUCCAGCCUGUCCACCAUUGGAGGUAGAUCCCUAUACAGGGGAUGCCAUGGGGCGCAGACACAGACCUGA